UGAUUGACAGUGGUGAAAAAUCCUCUUUUGCUUUCUCAUCUCUUCUUCUUCUUCUUCUUCUCUCUGUUUCUUCCUUUUGCUCUGCGCCGAACGAAGAAGCUACGUACCCUUAAAGACUUAAGGCAGAAUCACAUCCAGUGAUACCAUUCAAAAGACCGAUUCUUCCCCUUUCUCCUCAAUCUCGCAUACAAUCGCUCGCUCGCUCGCUUCCGAUCCUCCUCUCUCUCUCUCUCUCUACAGUUGAUCAUUGCGAUUUUUGAUCGGCAGUUUUCGGACCUUUCUUCUCUCUCUCUCUCUGAUUGAUUUUAUCAUUUAGGGGAUAUGGGUGGUUGCGUCUCGUUGCCUCAAAGUUGCGCUGGUGGUCGAUCGAAGUUAUCCAAGAAAAGAACUCGCCGACGGAAGAAGACAACUCAGCGCAAAGCGUCAUCUCGCUUGUCUGAAACCUCUUUGGAUAUUAAACCUGCCAUCUUCGAACAAUCCUACGCCAAUCCUCCUGCUUUACACGGAAGUUUGGAAGAGGCUUGGUUUGACUCUGAGGCAGUUCUUGAGUCCGACUGUGACGAGGACUUUAAAAGUGUGCCCGAAGAUAAUUUCAUGAUGUUUGCAGAUCUCAUACAUCCGCAUGGAUUUGAAGGUGCGGCCGUACCAAAUGUGAACCUUGCAAAAGAUGCGGCUAAUAAUGGAGAAAAUGAUGCAGUUAGACCAUCUUCCUCAGGUCAAAUACAAAGGGGGUAUUCGAAUGAAUCAAAUCAACCAGUUUUCCGAGAUGAGGUCUCUUUAGAUGAGACUACUUACAGGGAUGGAGUAUUGGAUAAUUGUGGAAUUCUUCCAAACAACUGUUUGCCUUGUCUGGCUUCCACUGUGCCCUCUGUUGAAAAGAGAAGAUCACUGAGCUCAAGUCCACAAAGUGCAACAAAAAAAGCUGCCUUAAAAAUGUCCUUCAAAUGGAGGGAAGGGCAUUCAAGUUCUUCCAUGUUUUCUUCAAAGAUGUCUCUGCAAAGACCAUUGGCUGGAUCUCAGGUUCCAUUUUGUCCAGUAGAAAAGAAAAUGCUCGAUAGCUGGUCGCAUGUUGAUCCUUGUACUUUCAAGAUCCGCGGUCAGAACUACUUUAAGGACAAAAAGAAAGAACCUGCUUCAAACUAUGCUGCAUAUUAUCCUAUUGGAGUUGACAUAUACUUGUCUCCACGUAAAAUUGAUCAUAUUGCUCGGUUUGUUGAACUUCCUAAUGUUACCAACUCAACUGGGAGUCUCCCACCCAUUCUUGUUGUAAAUGCUCAGAUUCCACUAUAUCCUGCGACAAUUUUCCAGAACGAAUCCGAUGGAGAAGGAAUGAGCAUAGUGUUGUAUUUCAAGUUAAAUGAAUGCUACUCGAAAGAAUUACCCUCCUAUUUUCAAGAUCAUAUAAGAAGGUUGAUAAAUGAUGAAGUUGAAAAAGUAAGAAGCUUUCCAGUUGAUUCAAUUGCACCGUUCAGGGAAAGGCUAAAGAUAUUGGGUCGUGUAGUAAAUGUGGACGACCUCCAUCUAAGUGCAGCAGAGAGGAAGAUCAUGCAUGCUUACAAUGAGAAGCCAUUGCUUUCGCGUCCACAACAUGAAUUCUACUUGGGUGAGAACGAGAGCUAUCUUGAGAUUGACUUGGACAUGCAUAGAUUCAGUUACAUAUCUAGGAAAGGCUUUGAAGUAUUCCUAGAUAGAUUAAAGAUCUGUAUCUUGGACUUUGGCCUCACCAUUCAGGGGAACAAAGGGGAAGAAUUGCCUGAGCAAGUCUUAUGUUGCGUGAGAUUGAAUGGGCUUGACUAUGGAAAUUAUCAGCAACUCCUACAGACAGAAGAAUCCUUCUAGACUUCCGAUCCGAUUUUAAAGACAAAAUACCUUUUUUUUUUUUUUUUUUUUUUUACAGAAAUGUAAAAGUAUAUAGAUAUAGAUAUUUUUUAUUCAACAAUAUCUUCUAUCUUUAUUUCUUCUUUCUCUUUGUGAAUUAAUAUAGCGUAGAAAUAUCUGAAACAACAAUGGGUUGGGUUUUAGGUAGAUAUAUAAAGAAGGGUCAGCAUCCCAUUACUUUAGUAUUAUC